ACGUGCCGCUCCGGCCCAGCCCAUCCUGCGAUGCACCGCCGCUGUCUGCCCUGCAGUCUCUGUCAGAGACGACAGUAUUCCCACACGUCAAGGACUAACACCUCCAGACCGGUUUAUCUGCAGCUUCUCAUGCUUUGUAUCGACCACAGACCUGCUGCCGACCACCUGCGGCAAGAUGUACCACUCUGACCACGGCGUUGACUUCCCUGACCUCUCCUUCCAAAUCCCUGGCAGCCCUGCAGAGCUGGGCCCAGCAAACAGAGAGUGAACGCAACCCUCAACAAACCACACAUCUACCUUCCCCCUUCACCCACACAGGGCCUCUCUCUGCUCCAGUCCCACCCUCCCUCCCUCCUCCUCCUGGACCAUGGACAGCCCUCCUAAGCUGUCAGGUGAGACCCUGAUUGUGCAUCACAUCCCCCUGGUGCACUGCCAGGUGUCAGGCGGGCGGCAGGGUGGUUGCGGGGUCUCACUGAAGAGGAACAACCCGUUUAGCCCGCCGGAGAACCUGGGCUUGAGUCGCACCACUUCACUUCCCGAGAGGGAUGUCCUUCAGAGAGAGGCUCUGCUCUACAGCAGCCUGAUCCAGACCUCCAGCGGCUCCUGGGCCUCCCACAAUGGGGGAAGAGAGAGAAAGGUUGGCGGGAGAGGAGGCAGCACGGCGAGUGAUGAUUCAUCGUUUACCUCGAGUAAUUCAGAGGACCAGCUGAUUACAGCUCACACAUUACCCAGAGCCAAGCCCAGGAACAGGAAUCCGUUGCGUCAUAAUCCAUUCCUGUUGAAUACCGAAGACGAGGAUGAAGAAGAAGAGGAGGAGGACGGUGACAACCUCAGUGGUUACCUUGAAGACUCCUCUUUUCACCUCCACAGUGACACUAACUCCGCCCUAGAUGACGGGCUGACUCCUUUCCACUUACACGACCUUGGCUUUGCUUCAGAGCCCUUUCUUUUGCACAGGUCAGUGGGUGGAAGCAGUCGGGAGUCCCUCAGGGCAGUAGCCUCGGAUCUCUCCGCCCACCUGGAGGACCUGGACAUUCUAGGAAUGCGCCACGGCAGCAGCGGCUCCAACAUGUCUAUGGAUUGUGGAGAGCAAGACUGGGGAGAUGACGAUGGGGAGGAUGAAGAUCAUCCUAUGAGGUGUGGGCGAAGCUCCUCCAGCUCCUCCACACAGCACUGCUCCUGCUGUGCGCUCUCCCAGAACUACCCUCAGCACUUCCCUGAAGCCUUCUCGGAGCCAUUCUUGGAGUGCCAGCAAGGCUAUGGCAGCGACUCCUCCUGCAACAGCUCGGAUGGCGUGCUUGUGAACUUCAGUGCCAUUUACAACAAGAUGAACAACAGUAUCCCAGAGAAGCCACCUGUCUCUGGCCACACCAACCUCAACAGCUCCACCGACCACUCCUGCACCUCGUCUGUUUCUGAUCCACCAGGAAACCACCAAGACUCAAAUGGAGGGGCUUUCUAUUUGGACCUUCACACCUCCCCGACUGAACCUCCCCUCUCACAGCAGCAACCCUCCUGCCUCGGCGGCACCUUCCCUCUCAUCCGUGAACCAAACUUGUCCACCUCCUCCACCUGCUCCUGCGCUGUGGAGCACCAGGGAGCUCUCGACCUCGACGCCAACUGCAACUCCUACCACCCUCCACAUUCUGGGUCAUCUGGAGACCUUGCUUCCUGUCUGCAGAGUCAGGCGCGCCUGGUUGUCGCCACGCAGAACUAUUACAAGCUGGUCACCUGUGACCUUUCGUCCCAGUCGUCCCCGAGUCCAGCCGGGUCCUCAGUCAACAGCUGUUCAGAUGAACACAGCAAAGGCAGCCCCACCCCGACACAGCCCAACGAGUACUUCCUGUUCAGGCAGAGAGCUGACGAGGAGGGUGUGCAAGAAGAAGAUGAAGAUGUAGAGUCAUCUAGGCGAGAUGAUGAAGGUGGUGAUGAUGAUGAUGAUGAUGAUAAAGAGGAGGAGCAGGAGGAGGAGAAGAAGAAUCAGCCAGCAGCUGCUGGGACUGAAGCUGCUCCUGCCGUGAUUGAAGGCCAGGUGUACGUCAACAUCACCCCUCCUGUGGGCGGCCGGGGUGUCAUGGGAGCAACCUCAGGAAGCCGCCCCCGUUCUCGCAGCUACGACCGCAACCUGGACAAGUCUCCAUCUCCUCGCCUCGGAUCUCUCGAGCGCAUGUUGAGCUGCCCCGUCCGGCUCAGUGAGGGUGCCGCCCCGACCCAGACCCCGCCUCCUCCUCCGCGGGUUACCUCCUUUGCAGAGAUCGCGAGAAGCAAACGGAGAAAUGGAAGUUUGGGGGGAUCGCCGUCGAUGAAGGCGGCUGCAGACCCUUUCUCCUCCACUUACUCCACCCACUCCCACUCCUCUGUGGAUUUCUCUCCGAUCCUGGAGCAGCGUGUGGAGGCUGACAGUCAGAGCCUGUCACCUGUGCCCUUUACAAGGUGUUACAGUCAAGGCAGCAUUGAGCGACACCUGGAGGGGGCGAGGGAGACCAGGGCCAAAGCUGAAGGUGGCCUCUCAACGUCCUCAGACAGCCGCCCGGCGGUGGUGCGCUACAGUAAGGACCAGCGGCCCACCACCCUCCCCAUCCAGCCCUUCACCUUCCACCACCAGUUCGCCUCCAAACCGCAGCAGCCCAAGCCCCUGCUGCCCCUGCUCACAGGCUACGUCUCUGGGAUGCAGGCCCGCUCCAGCUCUGGCUCCGGCUCUGGUUCUGGCUCUGGCUCUGGAGGUCCAGUGGGGGAGGACAGCGAAGAAGCGGCUGAAAAUGUGCACAGGUACCAGGGGGCUCUGGCCACAGCAGCCCCUCCUCCUGGAUCAGUCCGACCCUCGCCUCUUGGGAGCUACUCCCCGGUGCGGCUCCAGGGGGCGCCCAACUCUGGGACCUGCUCCACCUGCACGCCAAGCCCUCAGCCGCCACACAGCCUCUCCUGCCCACUUUCAGCAGGACUCGGCCCCCUGCACACCCCGCCAACAGGGAAACAGGGAGGAGGUUCAGCGCCGUUACCGGCCACCCCUCCACCUCCAUCCCUGGGGGCGAAGAGAGGGACGGUGCCGCCGAUGCUGCCGGCGGUGCAGGGACACUGUUUCCAUCGUGGAAGUCUGCCCAGUUUACCAGCACUCCACAGUGACACACUGAGCCCACUGGGCUGUCUGGACUCUGGGAAACACGUGGAGGGAAGCAAAGGACCUGGAGCCAGGACACAUAAUGCACACCACCUCUCCCCCCAGGCUCUCAAAUGGAGGGAGUACCGUCGUCGAAACCCUCUGGGGUUGGAGAGGGUCUCAGGAGGCCACUCUUCUGCAGGAUCAGGCCCCCUCUCUGGUAACCUGGAGCCCAGAAGGGUCGGACCGCGACCUCCUAGACGGAACGUGUUUGAUUUCCCUUCAGCCCCCUCUGGCCACGCACUGGGACGGCUCAACGCAGUGGGCCAAUCAGCCAAGCUGCAGCAGAUCUAUAGCGACUUCCUGCCGGACUACUUCUCCCUGACUGAGAGGCCCCCGGAGGAGUUCUGCCUCUCCCCGGACGCGUCAACCUCCUCCUCCUCGUGCUCUUCCUCACAGUCCCACAUCUCUGUGGACCUGACGCAGAAGAGAGGUUUGGUGAAAGCUGUGAACACAGCAGUGGAUCUGAUUGUGGCACAUUUCGGCACCAGUCGAGACCCAGAUGUAAAGGCCAAGCUGGGGAACAGCUGGGUGAGUCCCAACGUGGGUCACCUUAUCCUGAAGUACCUGUGCCCGGCCCUGCAUGAGGUGCUGCAGGACGGCCUGAAGGCCUACGUGCUGGACCUGAUCAUUGGACAGCGGCGCUGUCAGCCCUGGAGCCUGGUGGAGGCUUCUACACAACUGGGUCCGUCCACACGUGUUCUCCACAGCCUCUUCUCAAAGGUGAGCCAGUACUCUGAGCUCACGAGCCACAGCAUGAGACUCAACGCCUUCAUCUUCGGCCUGCUCAACCUAAAAUCUUUGGAGUUCUGGUUCAAUCACCUCUACACUCAUGAAGAUAUCAUAGCAGCACACUACAACCCGUGGGGUUUCCUUCCCCUGUCGCAGGGGGCAUGUCAGCCGCUCUUUGAGGAGCUCCUCCUCCUGCUGCAGCCCCUGUCGCUCCUCCCGUUCGACCUUGACCUGCUGUUUGAGCCACACCUCCUCCAAAAGGGCCAGGAGCACCUCCGUCGCAAGGAGCAGCUGUGCUCUGCGGGCCAGAGUGUCGACCAGUCGACUCGCUCCACCUUCCAGCUCAUGAGGGGAUGGAGCACCACUGUGAGCGAGAUGGUCUCGAGAGACUCAGGCACAGAGGUGAAGAAAGAGAGGGCGGCGCUGAGACGAGAGGGAACGUGGCCGAGGAUGGAAGGGGUCGGGGCGAGGAGAGAUGGAGCAGGAGUGAAGCCGAGGCUCAGGAGUGAGGGGGCGACAGCUGAGAGCAUGACCGCCGGACCUGGUAGCAGAGCGGCGACGAUGGAAGUAGGGUUUGCCAAUCUCUGGAAGGAGAGAGGGAUGAGUGGACAGAGGAUGAAAGGUGUGGGACAAGAGAGCCAAGGAGAAGGUGAGGACAGACAGGAGAAGGACAGGAGGAAGGACAAAGAGAAGGAUGUGAUGGAUGAGGGGCGUCAGCGGCAAGACAGACAGGCGGGCUGGUGGUACCAGCUCAUGCAGUCCUCCCAGGUUUACAUCGACCAAUCCGCAGAGGGGUCAAAGUUCGUUAAGACCGACAAGAGGAAGAAGUCGUCAGAGAGACGACAGAACCAGCUGCCGCCCACCAGAGAGGGAGUGGUGGAGGGGGCCGAGUCGAGCCAACAAGGGGAGGGGUUUAGGAGCAGGAAGAGCAGCAGCAGCUCCAGCGGGGAGUCAGCUGGGUCCAGGGGACGGCCUUCAUGGAUGGGCAGCCCGCCUGAGUCUGUUCUCAACCAGGACAAAGACACAAAGCCUCAGGAGGUGACAGGGACUGGAGCUCAAGCUGCAGCCCAAGAGGAGAGCCCCCAGCAGGGACAGAGUCUGCGGUGGGGCAGGCUCUUUGGAUCCAGUGUUGGUUCUCCUUCAAGGGUGGAGGCAGCCGAACAGAAGGCAAAAGCUCAGAAGAUCAGGCCUCCAUCAGGUUGGCUCUCUCUGGAUAGAUCUGUUCUUGACCUUGUAGCUCAGACUAUUGGAGCAGGGAGUGGGAAGAAGGCAGAGCCUCCAGCUACGCCCAAUCACACCCAAACCCCAGCUCCACCAACGUCAACCCAACCGACCGGAGCCAGACAACAGUCUCUAUGUGAAGUGCGAGCAUUGUGCCACCACAUAGCCACCGAGCCGGGCCAGCUGAGCUUCAACAAGGGUGAUAUCCUGCAUGUCCUGUGCAAGGCUGAUCCAGACUGGCUGCUGUGCUCCCUGGGCUCCACCCGGGGCCUGGUUCCCAUCAUCUAUGUCACCCUCAACAGCAUGGAGGACAGCCACGAUGCCUCUGGACUCGGACAAUGCUGAGCCAAAGCUGUCCCAGGAGGAAUUCAUGCAAGAUGAAGGCAAACCGCUUCGGAGCCAGAGGGUAUCCCUGCCACACUCCUACUGAAAACAAAACCUGUACAUUGGGGAUGACUCCACAAAAAAAUAAAACACUGUAGAAAAUAUGAAGAUCAUGAAGAUGAUGUACAGACACAUGCAACGGGAGCAUGCAGGCUCGAACACAAACUCACUCCAAGGGAACAUCCAGACAAGUAUGCAUGCAUACAUCCGAAAACCAAAAGACCAGACAAGAAACCCAAAGACACUCCGACACACGCUUCUCACUCUGCGUGAAGCUGCGCUACUAGCUUAACUAUGUGACUGUCCAGUCUCUAUAUCAUCCAUCCCGACUCGCAACAAAACAAAGAGGGGCUUACUCACUCACAGAUGGUAAACUUCACACUAUGAUAUACGCCAUGCCUCGCUGCACUUUGCUGUACUGUAUACGUUCACCUCGCUGUGCCACACUCCGAACACAGUGCUCACUUAUCGCCCUCAGUGGAGCGCCGAGGUCUGUUUGAUGUCCUGUCGCUUACUUGGUGCCGAUCCGUGUAGAAACCAGUUGCUUUUUUUGGUAAGAUUUAAGGUGGUCGAUGUAAAUGCAAGAAAAAAAAAGUUUUGAUCCACAUCUUGCAGAGAUUCAGCGCAUUAUAUUUAGGAAAGUAAGAAGCCACACAGGAGUUUGUGUAGACGGCUGUUUGACCUGAGAGAGAAGAAGGCAAAAGCACAAGUUUAAUUCUGUUUCCAUUCUCCAUCUGUUUUAUUUCUGCUCAUCAAAGCCUGUUUGUAAGGAGAUGAAGCAACUGACAAGCUAAUUGCCUUUUUUUUAUCUCCACCUUUCCCUCACAACACCCACCACAGCUGGGAUGAAUCAACGGCGUUUAAGUGCAUGUAACCUUCCAAAACUCUUUCCCCCUACAGUCCUUUUUCACCUGCAGCAUCCCGCACCUCUGUUCCCCCUUCAGUCUCUCAUCAAAGGACACUUUGAAGAGGAAUAAUCCAAGCGAGUGGCUGCAGUCUGAGCUGUACAUGUGCAUUUGAUUUAACGGUACAUAGUGUAAAUGCAUAUAUGACUUACACACGUGGUGAGUUCUAUUUAUUUAUCGACCACUUCAGUUAGCGGAGGGAAGCAUCUGCUGUACAUGGACGGGUGCAGGAAACAAGGAUGGGAAGGAUGUCCAAUGAAAGCAAAGCAUAGCUGUGGAGACGUGUGGAGGCCUUUUUGAAUGUGUCAGGGAUCCAGCCUGGAUUGCUAACAUGCAUUUAGAGAGGGUUAAAUAAUCUCAUCUAUGCCUUAAAGUGCUUGAGGAAAAAAAAGGGAGAGUCGCCCUGUUGUGCACGUCAAAGGCUGCGGUCCUGACAUUAUAUUUUGUAUAUGCUACGACGUGUCUUAACGUGACAUUGUCCCCAGAUUUAUGUCUACGGAGAUUCUUGACUUCAAAGAAAAGUGUAGAGAUGAUAUAGAGGUGAUAUUUUUGGGAUGUAUAAAGGGAAAAAACCCAACACAUUUUGUGACGGUGGCUCCGUGGGCAUUCCUACACGCCCCCUGUAGGUGUAAAAAUGUGGCCUUUUGUUUAAAAUGAGUUGACGAAGAACUAAAAUUAUACAGAAUACCUGGAUAGAGUGUAUACAGACGCCCACUUCUAAUAUUUCACAUUAUAAAAUGGUAAAAAAUCAGUGUAUAUUUAUUAAAUAAAUGAAUGCUUGUGUAGUUUUUGAAAAACUUACAUAGGAUAUAAUUUAACUUGUUCUUUUUGUUGCAUUAUUGUACAGUUUUUUUAUGUAUUGUUAUAUGCAUUUAAGUUCAGCAAAAACAUUUUAAUUGACCUGUAAAUAUAUUUAAAUCCCUUCAAUUAUUAAUUUCUUCCAUGGAGCUACAUGUAUGAAUGUUAUUACUGAGUUAAUGAUGCAUUUUAUGUUAAAUACAUGAAGCAAGUAUAAGCUUUAGUUUCAGUGCUGACAACCAUAAUGAAAGUUGGCAGAGGAAAGUUUGGCGAAUGGUUUAAUUUCGGGUCCUCCAGGCGGUUUGCUGUUCAUUGACAUCCUGUUCAGAGUUCACAUGGGACAGACAGAGACAAACACAUAGUAGUGAUAAAGCCAGAGAGACGCGGAGGCUCAGGGGCAAGAGGCAAAGACAGAUUCACUUUUGAUUUGGCGUUUGAUUAGCUGAGACGUUGUGUUUCAAAAUGCUACACAGAUAGAGAGAGAGAGAAAGGAAGGAACCUCGUGCCGUCUUUCUUUCUCUCUUGUGGGUUUUUAUCUGCUUUCUCUCUCCCUGGCUGCCUCCUCCUGCCUGUAAAUACCUUCAGCAUCAGUGACACUGCUCUUCUCUCUGUGUCCAGGCUAUAUGACGUGUACGUAUGACAUUAUCAAACUACUAUGGAUGUUAAAUAACAAAGUGCUCAUGUGAUCACAGA